AUGCAUUUCGUCCGAGAAUGCCCCUUCACCAAGCACCUCUGCAAAUCCUGUGGCAAGACUGGACACAAAGAGGGAUACUGUAACUGUCUCUCAGCGAACAGCGGACUACGACGCAAUUUCAUCGACGUUUCCGUCAAUGGCGUGUAUAUCGAGCUGCAAUUCGAAACCGCUUCCGAUAUAACCGUCAUUUCAAAACCAACAUGGAAGAAGCUGGGAUCUCCCCCUCUACAACCAACUCUCAAACAGGCAAAAUCAGCAUCUGGCAAACCUCUGCAGUUUGUCGGCGAAAUACAUUGCGACGUCACCAUGGGCAACCAAACCAAGUUUGGAACGUGUUAUGUCACCAAUCAACCAUCCCUCAAUCUUUUCGGCCUGGAUUGGAUUGAGUUGUUCGGACUGUGGUCUUUUCCACUGUCAUCGAUCUGCCACAAAGUUCAAGAAGACCACUCCAAACCGAUCCAGCAGUACAAGAAAGCGUUUCCCAAGGUGUUUGCCAACUCACUCGGACAUUGCACGAAAACUCGAGUCAAGCUGUUUUUGAAGCCAGACGCACGACCGGUUUUAAGUCCAAACGCCCGUGGAAUAGUCGUUGUCCAGAAGGCCAGUGGCAAAGUGAGAAUCUGCACCGACUACUCAACCAGCCUGAACGCUGCUCUAGAGCCGCACAAUUAUCCUCUUCCGGUGCCGGACGGCAUCUUUACCAAGCUGAAUGGAUCCAAGGUUUUUAGCAUCAUUGAUUUAUCCGAUGCUUAUCUCCAAGUUGAAGUGGACGACGAAUUAAAGAAGCUGCUCACAAUCAACACUCAUCGAGGACUGUACCGUUUCAACAGGCUUGCUCCUGGUGUCAAAUCCGCUCCCGGGGCAUUCCAGCAGUUGAUGAACGGAAUUAUAGCGAACGACAUCAUCAUUUUCAGUAAGACCGAAUCCGACCAUCACAAACGUCUCCGAGCACUCUUCAACCGGCUCUGCGAGUAUGGGUUCCGGUCUUCGUGA